AUGAGCGCUCCCCCCUCCUCCUCCCCCUCCCCCGCUCCGAUCCCCCAGCCCGCCGCAACCCUAGCCCCCGCCAGCAUGCGCGGGCGGAUGUCGGAGGACGACGACGACGGCGACGGCGGGGCGGGACGGGGCGACAGGUGGGCGCCGGAUCUGAGGGGCGGCAACGGCAACGGCGGGAGGUGGGCGCCGCCGGACCAGGUGCUGGAGAACGUGCUGGAGAGCGUGCUCGAGUUCCUCACGGCGGCGCGCGACCGCAACGCGGCCUCGCUCGUCUGCCGCUCCUGGUACCGCGCCGAGGCGCAGACCCGCCGCGAGCUCUUCAUCGGCAACUGCUACGCCGUCUCGCCGCGCCGCGCCGUCGAGCGCUUCGGGGGCGUGCGCGCCGUCGUGCUCAAGGGGAAGCCCCGCUUCGCCGACUUCAGCCUCGUGCCGCACGGCUGGGGCGCCUACGUCUCCCCCUGGGUCGCCGCGCUCGGCCCCGCCUACCCGCGCCUCGAGCGCAUCUGCCUCAAGCGGAUGACCGUCUCCGACGACGAGCUCGCGCUCAUCCCCAAGUCCUUCCCGCUCUUCAAGGAGCUCUCGCUCGUCUGCUGCGACGGCUUCACCACCCGCGGCCUCGCCGUCAUCGCCGAGGGCUGCCGGCAUCUUCGGGUACUGGAUCUGACUGAAGAUUAUUUCCAUGAGGAGGAGAGCGAGGUGGUGGAUUGGAUCUCCAAGUUUCCAGAGAGCAACACGUCGCUGGAAUCGCUUGUAUUUGAUUGUGUUAGUGUCCCAUUCAACUUUGAGGCCCUGGAGGCACUUGUUGCACGCUCACCAGCUCUGCGUCGUCUGCGCGUCAAUGAUCAUGUGUCGAUAGAGCAGUUGCGUCGUCUCAUGGCAAGGGCACCCCAUCUAACUCACCUUGGCACUGGAUCAUUCCGAUCUGAGCCAGGCCCUGGGGGUGCUUUGUCUGUGUCUGAGCUCGCUACCUCUUUCGCGGCGUCCAGAUCACUUGUUUGUUUGUCAGGUUUCUUGGAUGCCAAUGCAGCAUACCUCCCAGCAAUCUACCAAGUUUGUGCCAAUCUCACUUCCCUCAAUUUUAGCUUUGCGGGUCUAACAGAUGAAGAGUUCAUACCAGUUAUUCGCCAUUGCAUCAAUCUUCGCACUUUAUGGGUUCUUGAUACUGUGGGUGAUGAAGGCCUUAGGGCUGUGGCUGAAACAUGCUCAAAUCUCCGUGAGCUACGUGUUUUUCCUCUGGAUGCCACCGAGGAUUCUGAGGGCUCAGUCUCAGAUAUUGGUCUCCAGGCAAUCUCAGAAGGCUGCCGAAAGCUCGAAUCAAUUCUCUACUUUUGCCAGCGCAUGACAAAUGCAGCAGUAAUUGCUAUGUCCGAGAACUGCCCUGACCUUUUGGUGUUCCGCCUCUGUAUUAUGGGCCGCCACCGCCCUGAUCGGAUUACCGGGGCGCCCAUGGAUGAGGGUUUUGGGGCGAUUGUGAUGAACUGCAAGAAGCUCACCAGACUCUCAGUCUCUGGCCUGCUCACUGAUAAGGCGUUUGCAUACAUUGGGAGACACGGAAAACUCAUAAAGACUCUGUCUGUUGCCUUUGCUGGGAAUAGUGACAUGUCUCUUCAGCAUGUGUUUGAGGGGUGCACUAGGUUGCAGAAGCUCGAGGUCAGAGAUAGCCCUUUUGGCGACAAAGGAUUGCUCUCUGGCCUGAACUAUUUUUACAACAUGAGGUUCUUUUGGAUGAACUCAUGCAGGCUAACUGUGAAGGGUUGUGGGGAUGUAGCUCAGCAAAUGCCUAAUCUGGUGGUUGAAGUAAUGAAGGAAAAUGAAGGGGAAAUGGAUACCGUUGAUAAGCUGUACCUGUAUCGAUCGUUGGCAGGACCAAGGGAAGAUGCUCCAUCAUUUGUCAACAUCUUGUAG